UCAUGGCUGCCAUGCUGUAUGGAUGAAGAAGAAGCCGAGUCUUUCGGACAUCACGUCUCAAUUUUUAUGGUGGCCCUAGUCGCAUUUGCCACAUUCUUCUGUGUAACCCUCAUACUUGUUCUGGUUUUUCUACUAGGAUAA